AUGCUAGAUAAAAAAGCAUUUUCCAGAUAUAAAAGAUGUAGAAUUGAUAUUGAAGAGAAAGAAGAAAGUAAUAAUCUAGUUUUAGAAGAUGCAGAAGAAAGUAAUAAACCAAUUCUGGAAGAUGCAAAAGAAAGUAAUGAACCAGUUCUGAAAGAUAAAAAUAAUUCAGAUGACAAAUAUCAUGAAAAUAAAAAGACAAAUUAUACUAAUAUUUGA